UCUCGCGACCUUCUGAGUUCGUUCUUCCGAGAUCGCCUGGCAAGACCAGUCUCCACGAGAACGCAAGUCCGUUCUUUGCGUUCUAGGAAUAGGUUGGUUUCACGUGACGUCACAUUGCUGCGGCGCGAAAUUCAGAUGGAGGGCAGGAAGUAAUGUAGCUGGAUCUGCUAUCUGUAAAAAUGCCAAUGUUUUGUGUAGUUUACGGCUGCUCCAAUCGUUCUAACCGAGAAAAAGGAAAGGGGUUUUACAGAGUUCCAAAGAUUGUCGUUCACAAAGGUGAGAGAUGUAAAAAGCUCACAGAACAACGACGGAAAAAAUGGAUUUUAAACCUAAGUCUGCGGCCGGGAGGAGCAGAGUCUGCUAAUGCCCGUGUCUGCAGCGACCACUUCGUCGGAGGCUGCCCUAGUGCUUUGGGUGACGUUGAGUCAGUAGACUGGGCUCCGACGGUCAACCUCGGUUACCAAAAAACUAAGCCCAGAUCAGAGGCAUCUCCUCAACGAGAGCAGAGGAUGAAGCUCAAGGAAGACAAACAAAGACGGUCGGAAUGUGCAGAGGCUAUGUUGGAUCUCCAACAGACAGCUGAGAGCUCCGAACCGCAGGAGCCAGCUGAGAACAACUCACAAUCCGAGGGCAUCAUUGGGAAUGAGACGUUAAAUGAACAAGGCUAUGUAGAUGCCAGAUGUCAGACUGAGCUAACAAUGGAUGAUAUUGAGAAGAUGGAGGAUAUUCUGAGACAGAACACAACAGACCUGGGAGAUCUUCGGACCAAAGCACUGGACGCACAGUUCACCCAGGAGUCUUUUGAAAAAAAUGAAGAAAAGACAAAGUUCUACACAGGGCUCCCCAACUUCUUGGUUUUAUUUUCGAUUUUUGAGCUGUGCGAACCCUAUAUCACAUGUGGUCCUAUGUCUGUGCUGUCUAAAUUUGAACAGUUCAUUUUAGUUCUGAUAAAGCUGAGACUAAAUCUCCCGCUGGAAGAUUUGGCUUUCAGAUUUAAGAUCUCUCUGGCCACUGCUUCUAGAGUUUGGCAUAAAGUAAUCGACAUACUUCAUGAUAGGUUAGAAUUUCAACUUGAGUGGCCAGAACGACAUGUACUUCAAGCUACAAUGCCAAUGGCAUUCAGACAGGCAUUUGGAUGUAAAGUUGCAGUGAUAAUUGAUUGUUUUGAAGUUUUUAUUGAGAAGCCCUCUAAUUUACUAGCCCAAGCUCAAACGUGGUCGAACUACAAGCAUCACCAUACUGUAAAAUUUCUGAUUGGCGUUGCCCCCCAAGGCUAUGUCACUUACAUAUCUUGUGCCUGGGGAGGGAGAGUCAGCGAUGAACAGAUCACAAUAGAGAGUGGAGUCCUAAAAAACCUGUUACCUGGAGAUAUUGUUUUAGCAGACCGUGGGUUCAAUAUUGGCGAUAGUGUGGGAUUUUACUGUGCUUCACUACAGAUACCUGCAUUUACCAAGGGGAGAAAACAGCUGUCAGCGUUUGAGGUGGCAGAAACUAGAAAAAUAGCGAAUUUGGGUAUUCAUGUUGAGAGAGUCAUCGGUUUAGUCAGAAGAAAAUACCAGAUUCUGCAAAGCAGGGCUAUGCCCAUAGAGCACAUGGCAACAAAACCAGGUGAGGCGCUAGCAAUGAUUGACAAGAUUGUGGUUAUUUGCUGUGUUUUAUCUAAUCUUUGCGAGUCUGUUGUCCCAUUAGAGUAAGGAGAAGAGAGGAGGGAGGGACAUCAGUCUGUUUAAGGGAUAGUUCACCCAAAAAUGAAAAUUGUCCUCAUUUACUCAUGUUGUUACAAACCCGCAUACAUUUCUUUGUUCUGAUGAACACAAAGGAAGAUAUUUUGAGAAAUGUUUGUAACCAAACCAUUCGUGGACCCCACUCACUUCCAUAGUAGGAAAAAAGAAUACCAUGGAAAUGGGGUCCAUGAAUGGUUUGGUUACACAAUUCUCAAAAUACCUUCCUUUGUGUUCAUCGGAACAAAGAAAUGUGGGAUUUGUAUUUUUGGAUGAACUAUCCCUUUAAUGUUUUCAAAUGAAAUAAUUGAAUCCAAUAAUCAAUUGUGCUGGUGAUAUGUACUAUAUGUAAUGAAACUGAUUCCAAUUUAUUUUUGAACACCAUGUUCUUGUAGUUAUAACAAUUGUUGUUCUUGUAAAUCUAAUCUUGUAAAUAAACCACCAUGUAUUAUUCUGUA